GUCCGGCCGGGGGCGGGGUUAGGGGAUGACAGGUGUGAUAUCAAGGCGGGGGCAUGUAGGACUGAUGGUGGUGAGCGUACUCACGGCUCUCUUGCUGCUGGAGACGCGAGGAGGCUCCGUGGCGCCUCCGCCACCGUCUUACAUCCUCGCACUCGACACCUACGUGGCGACAGGACCGGACCUGGCCUUUGCGGCCGAGGCGGUACUGGCGCAUCCACUGGCGCAUCCAGUCUCAUGCUCUGCACCGCUGAAGCUAGUUCCACCACGGGAGCAUUGCGAUACACCGACUCGCUGGUGGUGCUCGACUCAUCAGCAUCGUGCCGGAUGGAGGCCAUCAAACCCAUGCUCGAUCCGCUGCUGAGGCGCGAGUGGGGCGCCUCCAUCCGGGCUAUCUACCGCAACGCGCGGUUGGAUGUGGCCCCACUCUCGUUCCGUGGCUCGACAUCGAUUGACACGGCGGCAACGCUCGGCGCGCCGGCAGUGUGGUCGUACGGCUCGCACGGCGAGGGCAUCCGUGUGGCGAUCUUCGACACGGGACUCGCCAGCGAGGCGCCGGGCUUUGGCGACGCAGUGGAGGAGAUUACCAACUGGACAUCGGACGAGACAACGAGCGACGCUAUUGGGCACGGCACGUUUGUGGCCGGGCUGGUGGCCUCGCGCGAGCCGCGGUGCCCGGGCUUUGCACCUGCGGCCUCGCUGCUCAUCUUUCGGGUAUUUACCUCGAACCAGAUGUCGUACACGGCGUGGUUCCUCGACGCGUUCAACUACGCGCUGCAGGCGGGCGUCGACGUGCUCAACCUCUCGAUUGGCGGGCCGGACUUUAGCGACGCGCCGUUUAUGGACAAGGUCAACGAGUUGUCGGCCAACUCGGUCAUUGUGGUUUCGGCCAUCGGCAACGACGGCCCGUUGUACGGGACGCUUAACAAUCCAGGUGACCAGCUGGAUGUGAUUGGCGUCGGUGGUGUCGACGGCAUGGAGCGGCUGGCCAAGUUCUCGUCGCGCGGCAUGACGACUUGGGAGCUUCCGGGAGGAUACGGGCGGGUCAAGCCCGACGUAGUGGCGUACGCGACGGCGGUGCGGGGUUUAGCGGCCGACGGUUCGUGCCGCACGCUAUCAGGCACGUCUGUGGCGUCACCGGUGGUUGCGGGCGCGGUGGCGCUUCUGGCGUCGACCGUGCCCGCCGAGAAGCGCGCGGCCAUUAUCAAUCCGGCGUCGAUGAAGCAGGCCCUGACCGAGUCUGCGCGGCGGCUCGACGAGGCGAACGUGUUUGAACAGGGUGCGGGCCUGCUCAACCUGCAAGGCGCGGCCGCAAUUCUGGCGUCGUACACGCCGCGGGCGUCGGCCUUUCCACCGAUUGUCGAUCUGACCGAUUGCCCAUACAUGUGGCCGUACUGCGUGACGCCGCUGUACGCCACGGCACAGCCUGUCAUUGUCAACGUUACGCUGCUCAACGGCAUGGGCGUCCACGGCGAGCUCCUUGACGAGCCGGUGUGGGAGACGUCCAACUGCGCAGGCGUGCUUGAUGUCACUUUUACGCACUCGGCAGUCCUCUGGCCAUGGACAGGCUACGUCGCGCUGCACAUCCGAGUCAGCGAGGAGAGCAGCGAUGUGUCGCGUGAGUGCGAGGGCUCAGUCACGGUCACCAUUGUCUCACUGGAGACCGGCGGCUCGGUGCGGACGACCGAGCUAGUCAUUCCGGUGACGGCGCGGGUGAUGCCGACGCCCAAGCGUGCGCAACGACUGCUGUGGGACCAGUUUCACUCGCUCCGCUACCCUCCCGGUUACUUUCCGCGCGAUUCGAUGGCGCUUGGUGCCGACGUGCUCGACUGGAACGGCGACCAUAUCCACACCAACUUUCGCUCGCUCUUUGAGGCCCUCAUCAACGCUGGGUAUGUGGUCGAGGUUCUCGGCGCGCCGCUGACCUGCUUCGAUCCCAAGCUCUACGGCGCGCUGCUCCUUGUCGAUCCGGAGGAGGAGUACUAUGCGGCCGAAGUCGACGCCCUGACAUCUGCCGUUCGCGACGACGGCCUGGCAGUGGUGGUUGUCGCCGAGUGGUUCAACGGCGCGCUCGCCGACGACCUCAAGUUCUUUGAUGAGGCGACGCGCCAGGAGUGGGAGCCUGUGACCGGCGGUGCCAACGUGCCUGCCCUCAACGAGCUCCUUGCACCGUUUGGUGUGGCGCUCUCGGACGCGGUUGUCUCGGGUGUGCUCUCGCUUCCGGCCGGGCAGGUUGUGCUCGAUGCCAGCUCGGGUAUUGCGCGGUUCCCGGCAGGCGGGCGGCUGGUGGGCGGAAAGUUCCGGACCGAGGUGCCUGGCGCGUCGGGCUCUGUCUUUGCCAACGUGCUGGGCGUGGCUGGUGCCGGCACGGGCUCGGUUGCGGUCUUUGCGGACUCGUCGUGUCUUGAUGACGCUGCGGCGACGCAAGAGUGCUUCUGGCUCCUGCUGCGGGUUUUGGAGCAUGUUGCCCGCGGCGCCGAUCUCGAUGUGGCCGCGCUGGGGCUGGGAACCCCGCUCCGGCGAGUCUAUGUCGCCUCGGGCGUCUCGGAGCCGACUCGGUUCUCUGCGGCGCUGGGCUACUACUCGGGCGUUGUCGACGAGCAGCAUGGGGCUGGCUCGCAGGCGCGCGGGUGCGAGGGUGCGGCGCAGUCGCACGCGCACCGGCACACCAUCUCAGACAAGCUAGCAGCCGGCGAGUACUACUCGGACGGCGAGCGGAUGCGGUUCCGAGGACAACCAAACGUGCGACUUGGGCCGCGGCCGAUGCCUGUUGGCCCCACUGCCGGCGAGUGGCGCGAGGGCGUGUUCUCGUGGCUCUCCUCGCUCCCGGCCAAGAUCAUAGGGUCGCUCUUUUCCAAGAUCAAGGCCUUUGUCACCCAAGGCGGGCUCUGGAUGGUCCUGCUCAUCAUCGGCCUCCUCCUCUGGCUUGCCCGCCUCAUCAUGCAUCGUGUCUUGGACUCUGAAGCCUACUCGCUCAAUUCGAAGGACUUUGUGUAAACAGUCGAACGUC